GUGUGGAUAGUGGGUCAGUUGUGGGUUAAAGAAAUAUCCAGAGGCUGACGACUCUGCACAGAAUAGCGUAAACAUGAAGUCGAAAUUUGCUGUUUUCGUACUUUUCUCUCUUCUGCUGGUUGUCGGAAGCGCAAGAAAAGACCUGAAAGGAUAUUGGGAGGAGACUAUGAAGGAAGAAGCUAUGCCAGAAGCAAUUAAAGACCUUAUUGAGGAUUCCCAGGUAUCAGGAACAGGGAAGGAUCGUUUUAUCAGGGACUUCGAUGUAAAACCUAAUGUCAUACUAUAUCACACCCAUGUUGUCCCCAUGAAAGAGAUGCAGCAGAAGAAUCAAGACGCUAUAAAUAGGGAAGCUUACUUGCAAGUUCUUCACAUUUCAACACUCUUGAAAAUGAGGUUUUUUCUUACUCUGCUUGUCCUUUUCAUCUUCCUGUUUGUAACUAAUGUGGAAUCAAGAAAAAUGGGAGGAGAACAAUGGAAAAUGGUCACGAAACAUCAGGAUAUGCCAGGUCUUCCAACUUAUGAAAAUGGUGAAAUUUAUGUUAAGAGAGAAAGCAAAGAUGGACAAAAAUCUGAAUUGAAAUCCAAUGUUGCAGCUUAUUAUAACAAGGACAUCGAUAUUGAGUCAAAGAAGGAAGUUGCUGAAAAAAUUGAGCCAACACCUCAUAUUUCAGCUCAUGGGAACAAUGAUAAUGAUUGUAUGGAAAAAAUGAAAAUUCAGAGACAUUUUGAACCAAUACCUAAUGUUUCAGCUUAUGAUGACAAUGAAGUUGAUGCAAAGGAAAAGAAGAAAGCUGUAAGAGGUUUUGAACCAAGACCUAAUGUUUCAGCUUAUGGUGACAACGACAUUAAUACAAAGAAGAAGAAAGAAGUUAAGGAAGAUUUUGAACCAAGACCCAAUGUUUCGGCUUAUGGUGAAGACGAUGUUCAAGAAAAGGAAAAAAACCAAGCCAAUAAACAUUUUAAACCAAGACCUAAUAUUUCAACCUAUGGUGACAAUGAGGUGGGUGUAAAGGAAAAGAAGAAAGUUGUGAAAGAUUUUAAACCAAGACCUAAUGUUUCAGCUUAUGGUGACAACGACAUUGAUGCAAACACGAAGAAAAAAGUUAAGAAAGAUUUUGAACCAAGACCUAAUAUUUCAACUUAUGGUGACAAUGAUAUUCAAGAGAGGGAAAAAAACCAAGUCGAUAAAUAUUUUAAACCAAGACCUAAUGUUUCAGUUUACGGUGAUAACGACAUGGAUGCAAAGAAGAAGAAAGAUGUUAAGGAAGAUUUUGAGCCAAGACCUAAUGUGUCAGUUUAUGAUAAUGAUAAGAUCAAUGAGAAACAUAAGGAUAAAACUACACCAAAUUUGGAAUUCACUUACGACGAAUAAAUGAAGAAGGCUACAACUGGCAAUGAUGUUACUUAAUAAUAAAGUUUGUGUACCAUGUAUCAAAUGAAUAAUAUGAAAUAAU